UAUAUCCAACCCGGAAGUAUUUAUUUGGCGGCAUUCUUGACAAGAAAAUUUGCUAUGGAAACGUUGGGUGGACAUUUCAGAGGGAACAGACGUGUUUUCUGACCGUGUAAGAUGACAGGAAGGGAUGGGGAAGAGCCACAGUAAGGAUAAACGGACGAGAGGGAGAUCUACUAGCAGCUCCCAGAAGUCAUCCCAGGACGGGAUCGUGACGAUGAGCGGCAGUAAGCAGCUGCCGCAGGCGCACAGUGAUGCCGUCACCUGUCUGGCACCUGUCAGACCAGGGCUGUGUCUCACAGGCAGCAGUGACAAGACAGUGGUGCUGUAUGACUGGACACAUGGUGCUGUUAAAAGAAGAUGGAGUGGGCACUCGAGGGAGGUUACCAAGGUAGCGUACAGUGCAGGGCUGGAUGCUGCAUUCAGUGCUUCACGUGACAAGACUGUUCUGAUGUGGAAACUCAGCAACAUCGACACAAACCCCAUCAGAGCCUUCCGUGGGCACACUAUGGUGGUUAUGGGGCUCACAAUAAAUCCAGACAAUACUCAGGUGUGUACAGGGUCCAGAGACAACUCCUUGAGAAUGUGGGAUGUGGAGACAGGUGCCUGUCUGAUGGAGAACUCAGUUCCCAGGAACUUGGUGACUGAUAUCUGCUGGGUACCGGGGCAACAGAUGGUGGCCCAGACAGGGGAGGAUAAAGCUCUCAAACUGUGGGAUACCCGAGGCCUGUAUGUGUCGUGUACCUUCCCUCUGAAACAGUACAUCCAGACCUGCUGUGAUGUCAGCAGGGAUGGGAACUACUGCCUCACCACCAGCAACGGCUUCGGGGGACAGGGGUGUGAAGCCACGUUGUGGGACGUCCGUGCAGUGAAAGCGUUGUGUGAGUACCAUGGUCACAGAGAGACGGCCUCAGCCUGUGCCUUCCUACCACCUGUCCUCAGUCAGCCACUGGUGGCCACAGCUUCUCAUGACUGUACUGUCAGAAUAUGGGACCAAAAUAAUCAAGACUGCCUUUGUGUCCAGACCCUUCCUGUCUCUGGGCCUCUUACUGCACUAGCAGGGUUUGAUGAUGCCAGUUUGUGCUGCUCCAGCUUCAAUACAGGUGUUCACCUGUUCCACCUGGAUGUCACACCUGAGCAGAAGGUCAACCUCAUCAGGAAAGCACAGUUCUGAUUUGGGACAAUAGGAACAUUCUAAAAUGUACUACUUAAAACACACUGAUGUUGCAUUGAACUCACCAAUCACUGCAAAGUUUUAAGAACUAGUGUCAUACAGCACAACUUUAAUUCAGGGAUCUAGUAUAUCCUUUCCUGCCAGCACAGUUCUGAUCGAGGACGAUAGAACAUUGAAUAUGCUAACUAAAACAUGCUGAUGUUGCAUUCAAUGCACCAAUCACCGCAAAGUUUUAUAGUAGUGUCAACUUCAAUUCAGGGAUCUAUAUCCUUUCCUGCCAGACCUUACACUUUUUUUUUACAAAUAUGAUAAUUAUAAUCUGUCAGCCCCAAGUCCAUCAUUCUGGCUGUGUUUGUGCUGGCCAGCUGUCAGCCAAUCAAAUGUCACCUACCUGUUCUUGGGGGAGGUCAGAGCCAAUGAGAGCAUCUCCUGCCUGUAAGCAGCACGGUCAUUGGCCAAAAUUGGACUAGAAGUGCUGUCCUUGAGACAACAGUUUCUCUCUCAAUGAGUCCACAAUGGCACAAAUCAGUCUUGGCCAGCUGAUUCAAUCCGUCCAAAAUUAACAGAGUUCAAGAUAUCGCUUUAUAUUUGCCAGGAAAGGGCUCAGAAAAGAGAGACACCAGAAAAGGGAGACAAUCUUGCUGAUCAAUCCUUAAAGUUUGUGAAGUAGGUAAAAGGUAACUCAGUGCUUAAAAGAAGUUUCAAUUUUGUAUAAAGAUUAAAUGUAUGGAAAAGAGAAAACAUUUCAACUAAAUGUUUAUGGCUAUAGUGCGAACAAGGUAUUUGAAAUUGUAUGAAAGGCAUGACAGUUAUGUUAAUGGCUGGCAAGGAUUGUGCAUAGUACAUAGAAUGUGUGUGGCUUCUGAUGAAUAUAGUUGAACUUCUUCUACCUUCAGAAAUGUCACUGUUGUUUAUUCUUCAGAAAGAAUUUUGCUGACAAUUGUUGGGCUAUUCAAACAGCAUUUUGAUGCUGUCUUGUAGUAGUCACAUUGUGUAAUUAUAUCCUUAAAGCUGUUUGUUAUGCAUUAUGCUGUAUGAUAUAGAUUUUUUGGGUUAUAGAUGUAAUCAUCAGAAUUCCCAAAAUGUUUGAAAAGAUGUAAUUUAUUACGGUAUGUCAGUUGAUGUGGAAAUUUAUAAUGUAGAAAUGUUUCAAUAAAUAACAUCGAUGUGAGUCAAUAAGAA